AUGUCGACGCGGCUCACUACGACCCAAGUCAUCGAGCAAGGACGAUAUCUAGACCCAGACUUUGAGGCAUCUUCACUGACGGUAUCUCAGCUCAUGGGCGUCCUUCUUCACCACCGUGUCAACUUUCCAACACCAUACUCUAAACCAAAGCUCGUUCAAAUCUUUAACGAAGAAAUCAAGGCAAAGUUAUCGCCUCUGAAGCGUCAGCGUUUGAAACAGCAAAACAGCAUUGCAAGCGAUGAUGGAAUAACUGACGGUGUAACGGGGCAACCACUGGCCGGUAGUAGUGAAACAAAGACUACCGCACCAGUGAGGAGGUCUUCCAGGCGUUUUUCUCGUGCCCCAACACAAGAAGCGGAGUCCUCUCCGCCUCGUCCUGAUCCACCCAAACGCCGUCGUUCUUCGGCACAACCAAGCUUGGGCGGUCCAUCGCGUAAAUCCACCGCCAACAAGGCACCAACGCUGGUCGAAGAGAGUGAACCUGAGGAAGAGUUACCGGUUCGCAAAGUUGGAAGGAGCAAGAAAGCUUCCGAUACUGCAGGAGCAUCGAGUCGUCGAGUCUCUCAUACUGUGUUCAAACAGGAAGACAGUGGCUGGGAAGACAAUAAUGUCUUUCAGUCUGGUGCCGAAUCGUCAUCGCCAAUGCGUCCUUCGCCUGUACGUCCGAGAACGAGGCGGCCGCUACGGCAGUCGCGAAAAUCUUCUUCGGCCCCUCCCCAAAUGGUCCCUUUAUCACCACCUCCGCCUGCUGUGGGACCAGGCGGUUUACACCGAUCACCUCCCCAAUCCCGGUUUGAACCCCAGCUGCCAUCCAUCAUAUCGGCAGGAUCGCGCUUAUCGGUACCAAGGUUCUCCACCCCCAGUCCUCCGCACCGGGAACCAGAAAGCGAAAACAAGGAUGAACCAGUCGGGGAAGCUAUACCCGAUGAUGACCAGGGCAUAGUUGAAGCGGACGAGGUCAUGGAUCAUGCUGUUGACCAUGAAGCCAACGAGGAACCGGAUGCUGUUGAGGAUCUUCCGGCCUCUGCUAUAUUACCUCUUCGAGGACAAGAUGUAGUUGAACGUCUUCUCGCUCAAGCACAGAGGCCACCUCCACCCGCUCCGCUGUCACCUGCGAUUCGAUUGCUCCUUCUAACAUUCUUCGUGGGGUUCGUAGCCGUGAUCUGGAAUUUUAAAUUGCAAUCCGUAUCAUUUGGUUACUGUGACCCCGGGAGUGAUACAAACCCUUUACUAGAAGAAGCGAGAGUCAACCGGAAGGCCAUCGAAUUGUGCAACCGCGAGAACAGGAGUCUUCUACAUGUGGAUGUCGAAGGAGAUUCAACGCCGUGUCCGUUACCCCCCAUCCUGCCAACGUUCUAUCCCGAUUCAUGCACUCCAUGUCCGAGUCAUGCGGCAUGCACCCGGGACAGCGUGACAUGCAAUACCGGUUACAUGUUGCGUUCUCAUCCGCUGGCUUUCUAUUUGUCGCCCGUAUCUUCUCGGAACGACAUAAAUCUGUCGCUUUCAUCGCCACCCAAUGAUCUUGUCUGGAGAUUGGUUCACGAACUAGUUGAUGGAUUGCCUGGGUUUCCAAGUGUAGUUCUACCUCCCUCCUGUGUGGAAGAUCCGAGACGCCAGAGGAACAUCGGGACCUUAGGCAAAUACAUUGAUAACGUUCUUGCAGAGAAACGAGGCGAGAUUCUUUGUGCGGGUAAUGCAACUGACGUCGCCGAUGUUGAUGGUGGGGACGCGAAGAAGUGGGGAAUGCCCCUUGAUAGUCUCCUAGAUCUCAUGUUGAGUUUGACACCGGCUCACCUCAUUAAAAACUUUGACGACCUGUUUACCGAAGCUAUUCAGCAAUUGGUAGAAUGGGGUGGUGUUAUCAUAAGUGAAGAUUCCAGCGGUGACCGGUACAUUGCACACAACACUCCUAAACUCAGUUGGGCGUGUACCGUGAGAGUCAAGUCUCGAGAAACAUGGAUCGCAUGGCGAUUGACGCUGUAUGGCCUGCUUGCUUUUGGCGUUUUCACACUCCUAGCCCAGCGCAGAAGAGCCAGAGUCGAGGAGGAUGCUAAACGCGUAGCGGACCUUGCUGACUACGUGCUUGCAAAGCUCAAAUACACGGAACUAGGGCAUCAUACGGAUCCCAUAACUGUACCAUUCCCGUACGUACCAUCCGUCCGGCUGCGCGAUGAGGUCAUGCCCCUCGAACCUGAAUGGAGGAAAAGGGAGCUAUGGGAUGAGGUAGAGAAAGUUGUUGAGAGUAAUGCGAAUGUUCGAGCGAACAUUCAAGAGGUGUAUGGCGGCGAUGAAAUGAGGGUGUGGCGGUGGGUUGGAAGUCACCCAUUCACCGGCAUGCAGACCCCAAACAGAUUCAAUGUUGGGGCCCAAACGGCUGACGACGGCACGGGUGCUCGAUGA